AGAAAUAAAUGCAUAACACACAGAUUUAGCAAAUUAUCUCUGAGGUGCUUUUUAAAUAUGUGCAUUGAAUUUGAAUUCUCUGAGACAAUGUGUGAGCUUGUUCCUGAGCAACAGGAUGAAACAGCCAGAAAUAGUUUAUUUUAUUCUUCUGUUUUUCCUGCAGAAUCUCAUCCAUAUCUGAAAGGAAGAAGCUCUCAGCUCUGAAGCAGCUUUUAUUUAUUAUUAAGAACAGCUGUUUAAGACGAUGUGUGGCGUUUAACCACAUCACAUACUCUGUGUUGGGGAUCAUCUGUGCUGUUUCACUAAAACCCAAAAUGUUGGAUUGAAGUUGUACCUUUCAGACCAGAGUUAAAAAUAAAUAAAUAAAUAAAAAUAAAAAUGGAUGAUACUCCUCUUCAUAGCAUUAGCGUGCUCUGGUUAUGCUGAGACUGCUCAACGCUGAGCUCCAUUGAGAAUAGGUUUAAAGGGGUUGAAUGCCUUCUGCUGAGGCAAGGCAUCUACCCACCACUCUUUACAUGCCCUCUGGCGCGGCCCGCUGGCCUUUGUGUCACCCAACAAUGAUGGCAGCGCAGCGCCACACCAGGGAGAGGUCAUUGUUCAGCACGGCCAAUGGGAGCGCAACAAAUAGACGUUUACGUGAGGUGUGAGUUUCUGUGCAUACGUGUGUGUGUGUGUGUGUGUGUGUGUGUGUGUGUGUGUGUGCAUGGUAAUGCAAAGGUGAAUGCAUGUGGAGUGAAUGUCUCUUUCACAUCCAGCUUUUGCAUCCACGCUGUGACGAAGGGAAGGGGGACGUCACACAAAGAAAGAGCCAAUCAGACAUUAGCUGUUUGGAUUUAUGCCAGGGUUUUUAGGCUUGUAAGACUUUAGCACAAGUGGCAAAAGCCAGUUUCAAAAAAAAAAAAAAAAAAAAAAAAAAAAAAAGAAGGCAGCCGAGACGAGAUGCCCUACACACCGUCUGGCUUUUUCUGCGACCGGCUGAUCCGGGAACGAGAGAGGAGAGACGGGGAAGGGUCCCUGAACAAGCCGGUCCGCUUCAACGGCCAGGACUUCUGCUUCCAGAGGCAGGAGUGCCUUCAGACCAAGAACCUGUUUGAGGAUGAGUCUUUCCCGGCCACUGUGGAGUCUCUGGGCUUCAAGGAGCUCGGACACAAGUCCAACAAAGUCAAGAACAUCGUCUGGAAGAGGCCCAAGGAAAUCUGUGAGAAUCCUCAGUUCAUUGUUGGAGGGGCCAGUAGGACAGACAUCUGCCAGGGAGAUCUCGGUGACUGCUGGCUGCUGGCUGCCAUCGCCUGUCUCACCCUGAAUGAGAAGCUUCUGUACCGUGUUGUUCCCCAGGAGCAAAGCUUCUCAGAGGGCUACGCCGGCAUCUUCCACUUCCAGUUCUGGCGCUAUGGCGACUGGGUCGAUGUCGUCAUCGACGACCGCAUCCCGACCUUCAACAACCAGCUGGUCUUCACCAAGUCCGCCGAGAGGAACGAGUUCUGGAGCGCCCUGCUGGAGAAGGCCUACGCCAAGCUGCACGGCUCCUACGAGGCCCUGAAGGGCGGAAACACCACGGAGGCCAUGGAGGAUUUCACCGGUGGAGUCACUGAGUUCUACGAGAUGAAGGAAGCUCCCAAAGAGCUCUACAAGAUCAUGAAGAAAGCUCUGGAGAGAGGCUCCCUCAUGGGCUGCUCCAUCGACUCCCUGGUUCCCGCUCGCUUCGAGACUCGUACUGUGACGGGGCUUGUGAAGGGUCACGCCUACUCUGUGACGGCGGUUGAGGAGUGUAAACCGUCUCAGCACAAGGACAAUAAAGUUCGUCUGGUGCGUCUCAGGAACCCGUGGGGUCAGGUGGAGUGGAACGGCCCCUGGAGUGACAACUCGAAGGAGUGGACCUCCCUGUCUAAGUCUGAGAAAGAGAAGCUGCAGCACCAGAGCGCCGAGGACGGAGAGUUCUGGAUGUCGUUCGAGGAUUUCAAGAAGAACUACACCAAGAUCGAGAUCUGUAACCUCACCCCUGACGCCCUGGAGGACGAUAAGAUCCACAAGUGGACGGUGUCUGUGAACGAGGGCCGCUGGGUGAGAGGCUGCUCCGCCGGAGGCUGCAGGAACUACCCAGACACUUUCUGGACCAACCCUCAGUACCGCCUCCGUUUGCUGGAGGAGGACGAUGACCCCGAGGACAACGAGGUGGGCUGCACCUUCGUGGUGGCUCUGAUGCAGAAGAACCGGCGGAAAGAGCGCAAGAUGGGAGCCAACCUCUUCACCAUCGGAUUCGCUAUUUACGAGGUGCCGAGGGAGAUGCACGGGAACAAGCAGCACAUGCAGAAGGACUUCUUCCUGUUCAACUCCUCCAAGGCGCGCUGCAAGUCCUACAUCAACCUGCGCGAGGUGACCCAGCGCUUCCGCCUGACCCCCGGGGAGUACGUCAUCAUCCCCUCCACGUACGAGCCGCACCAGGAGGGGGAGUUCAUCCUGCGAGUCUUCUCUGAAAAGAAGAACACCUCAGAGGAGAUAGAGAACAGGAUCGAGGCUGACCAUCCAGUGCCGGCGCCGGCCUCGGCGGGGGAAGAGAGCGAGGAGGAUCAGCAGUUCCGCACUAUUUUUCAGGAGAUAGCUGGAGAGGACAUGGAAAUCACAGCCAACGAACUGAAAAACGUUCUGAACAGAGUGAUCACCAAACAUAAGGACCUGAACACAGAGGGCUUCAGUCUGGAGAGCUGCAGGAGCAUGAUUGCUCUGAUGGACGUAUCCUUUAUGGAUGGGACAGGUAGACUCAACCUCCAGGAGUUCAGACACCUGUGGAAUAAGAUCAAACAGUGGCAGGGAAUCUUUAAACACUAUAACGCUGACCAGUCUGGGAGCAUCAAUAGUUACGAGAUGAGGAAUGCUGUCAACGACGCAGGCUUCCGUCUCAACAACCAGCUGUACGACAUCAUCACCAUGCGCUACGCCAACGAGAACAUGAACAUCGACUUCGACAGCUUCAUCAGCUGUCUGGUCCGACUCGAAGCCAUGUUCAGGGCGUUCCAGGCCUUUGAUCAGGAUGGAGAUGGAACAAUCAGACUCAGUGUCCUGGAGUGGCUCCAGUUGACCAUGUACGCCUAGAAAGGCACAUCUUCUCCCAGGUGAGCUCCACUCCACACGAGGACCAGACCUGCCAGCCUUUACCUCAAUAUUCAGUGUGCCCGAGCGCCGUUAGCUCUCAUCCACCUCCUCACCUGAAGCCUUCCCUCCCUCCCUCCCUCCCUCCCUCCCUCAAUCCCAACAGCUCUGCUCUUUCCGACUCCAACAUGUUCAACAUGCUUCUUCCAGUUUAUCUUUCCCACUUCUCUCUUUCUACAGUCGGUCUCAGGCCUUUUGGAAUUUCCUUCUCUGCCUUUGUCCUCCCAUUAUCAUCAGAAUAUCAGUCUCCUAUCAGUCAGUAGCUCUGUUUUGAAGAGACACACCCUUACCUUGUACCGUACUUCUCUCAGGCAUCAAACACACACAACCUCCUUUUUUUUCUGUCACAAUACCUCACAGAGCCUCCUUCAACCACCACCCUGUGUUAUCUUCUUCUUCUGUUAUCAAACUGAGCAGCUGUAUCCAUUCCAGUGAACUGGGCUCUCUGGUGGACGAUGAAUAAACUUGUGAAUCACUCUUACACCUGUUACAUUUCUGACAGCACCAGCGACAAUUUCUAUAAGAUUUCAGACCUGACCCUGUUUCUCAUUCACUUAUUUUUGUCAAUAAAAUAACACCCCUGGAUUUAUUGUUGGCCUAGAGUAACACGUUAGUUCGUCUCACCCCCACUAGCGUCAGUUCUGGGUGCGAGCCACCUUGUGUGCUCCGGCCCUGUGGAUAGCGCUCCCUGGUGGACAAACUCAGGCGUCUUCUGUUCAUCUCAGCUCCAGCCAGCAUGAAUCCAACCCCCCCGACAAAUGUCCAGUCUGCCAGUCGUUCAGCUCUGCAUGUGGAUGGACGAGAUUAAAGGACAAAGCUGUGAAGCCGACGAGUUUUUUUUUUUUUUUCCUUCUUAACACCGAUGUUCAAAUAUGGAUUAGAAAGAAAUGGCUGAGGGGUUGGACUGCAGCUUUUUGUGAUUUUUUUUUUUUUUUUUUCUUCCUAUUAAGGCUUUGGUCUAAUGAGUGUUCUGCAUUUUUAACCAUUUUAAUCAAAUAAAUAAAUAAAUGUGUAGUUACUGGUUUGACUGUGUUACCAGAAGGUUUGAUGUGAUUUGUGGUGUUUCUCUGAUGCAUAAGAUUUAUUUAAAAUCAGAAUAUAAAUCAAAAACACAGUAAAGACACAGAAAAUUGGUUCAUAAUGUUGAAACAUUUUUUUUUUUUUUUUAUUAUUAUAAUUAACAAUUUCUUGGAUUGCACUUUCAUAAAAAAGAUCCGGUCACAACAAUGAUAAGAACUGAAAAACGUGAAGAAACUCAGGGAAUGCCAGGUACUGGAGGUGAACUGCACGCUUUCCUCGCUCAUAAAUAACCAGUGUGAGAGGAGAGUUUUCCUUUUUCUUUUUUUUUGGAAGUUGGCGGCCGCAAGAACAUCAGGUUAACAAAUCCUCCAACGAGGACACAACCACGGGAGAGUAACCACACAAAGUCUGCUAAAGAGAGCAUCCGCUGGGCUUUAACACCGGUUAAAAUAGGUUCAAUGUGCCUUUUAAAAAGAAGUGGCGUUAAACUUAAACUUGCCUGUUUAAGGGGUGAGGCAUGGCAUGGGAGAUGAAUCCUAAUUCUUCGCUUUUCAAGCUCUUCCAUCGAACACCUCCUGUAAACAUCCUUCACCUCCUCACUUCAUUAGAAAUCUCUUCACUGUGGGGGAAACACGGCUCCACGGCCGUCGGCUCGAUGCUCCGAAUAUAAAAUAAACACCACUUCCAGGGAGGAAACGGUGUCGUAAAAACAGUACUUCACACUCACUCAUGGAAAACGGAGAGUUCUUUAAAUUACUCUGUCGACAGUUACAAGGAAUAAACCCACGCAGGUAAACGCAUGUAGGAAUACGCACGCCACCACGUCCACGUCUCGGUUCUGUUAUCAC